CUCAUCUGUAAUGUCUUAUCAUUUUAUACUUCUCUAGGUCAGUGUUUUAAAGAUUAUCUAAGGAAAAGAGAAAAACAGGAUUGACUUAUAGCUGUUAUGUCAACCUCAGGAAAUAUGUUGUGUUUUGCAUCAUCUCUAUUGAUCCAUGUGUAUAUGUCAAAUAAUUGUUGAUCGAUAAAAAAUGCUAAUAAUUAUGUUUAUUCUCAGUUGUGUAAAAGGCAGGAUCAGGUUUAAGGAAAUGUCUCAGAAGAACAAGCCCCUGAAGGCUGUGAUCUCAAGUGUGAACAAACUAUACUUUUGGCUGCCAGUCAUGAUGGUUUUGUAUAGACAUUACUGCAGGAGUGGUUUAUUCAUAUUCAAACAUCAAUUCAGUUCACAUCUUGACUCGAUCUAAAGAUGAGGAAGGUUAGAGGAUCAACAGAGGGCAAUAACACUAAUGCAGUGGUUGAAGACAGAGGACAGUGGUCCAGUAAAACUGAGUAUCUCCUGGUGGUCGCAGGUAAUGUGGUGGGUUUGGGCAACGUGUGGAGGUUUCCAUAUCUCUGCUACAAGAACGGUGGAGGAGCUUUUCUGGUUCCAUACUGUCUGUUGGCCGUGGUGGUCGGGAUUCCUCUGUUCCUGCUGGAGACUGCGAUGGGUCAGUACACCCAGGAAGGAUUCGUCACCUGCUGGAGGAAGCUGUGUCCUCUGGCACAAGGAAUAGGAUAUGGAUAUUUUAUGAUCAAAUGUUUUGACCUCUGCUACAUCAUCAUCCAAGCCUGGACUCUGGUCUACCUGGGGUUUUCAUUCUCUCCUUCACUGCCCUGGUCCAACUGUAACAACAGCUGGAAUACAGUCAGCUGUGUCAGUCUUCCUUCAACAAAUGUGUCUGUCACAGUGAUGUUGAACAGCAGCACCCCGGCUUCAGUAGAGUUCUGGGAGCGUAGGGUUUUAGGAAUCUCUGGAGGUAUUGACCAGUUGGGCAGUGUGAGAUGGGAUCUGACCUUGUCUCUCCUGGUCUCCUGGGUCUGUUGUUACUUCUCUAUCUGGAAAGGUGUGCAGUCUUCAGGAAAGGUAGCGUACGUCACGACCACCUUCCCCUACCUGAUGCUCCUGAUUCUGCUCAUCAGGGGGCUGACUUUACCUGGAGCUUGGGACGGAAUCACUUUUUACCUGUAUCCAGAUUUAAAUCGUUUGGCAGAUCUUGAGGUCUGGAUGGAAGCAGGAUCUCAGAUCAUCUUCUCCUACAGUUUGGCCAGAGGGACCUUACAGGUUUUAGGAAGUUAUAAUGACUAUGAAAACAACUGUUACAAAGACUCUUUCUGGCUGUGUCUGUUGAACAGUGGGACCAGUUUCUUUGCAGGAUUCGUGGUCUUCUCUGUUCUUGGAUUCAUGGCUCACAAAAAGGGAGUCACUGUUGACAAGGUUGCUGACUCAGGUCCAGGCUUGGCCUUCAUUGUUUAUCCUGAGGCCACAGCUAUGAUGCCUUUGCCUCAGUUCUGGAGCGUCUGCUUCUUCCUGAUGCUCUUCUUCCUCAGCGUGGACACAUUUUUUGUGUCGGUCAAGUGUUUUGUAACAUCUGUAAGUGACCUAUUUCCAAAACACCUGCGGGGACCAGGAAGGUCUGAGGUCUUUGUUCUUCUGGUCUGUUUGUUCUUCUUCCUCACACAACUAAUUCUUGUCACCGAGGGAGGAGUGUAUGUAUUCCAUCUUAUUGAUUAUUAUGGUUCUACUGGGGCUUGUCAAUAUGUCAUGAUGUUGUUACAGUGUCUUGCUCUGGCCUGGGGCUUUGGUUGUGAACGUGUUACUAACAUCAUUGGAGACAUGACAGGUCACAGACCUGCUGUUUUUUUCUGCAUCUGCUGGAAAUACAUCAUUCCUGUGCUGUCACUGUUAGCCUUAAUCAUGUACCUGGUCGGUUACAUGCAUCUCAAGUUUAAUAACUGGUACAGUUACCCUGACUGGGCGUAUGCUCUGGGGUUGUUGAUGACCCUCUCCUCUGUUCUGAUGGUGCCACUCUGGGCAGUUGGGCAGAUGUGUGUGACACCAGGAUCCUUUGUCCAGGUCAGUGUUUAGAAAUGAUUAAUGGCCUAAACUCCAGAAAUCCAGAAAUCAUCCAUAUCCCAUCUUUUAGCCUCAG